AUGCCUCUUGAGCGAGUCGUUCCAGCAGAUGGUGCCACAAUCUGCGGAUUUUACCCUGGAGGCACCGUGGUGGGCAUGAGUCCAUAUAUUACUAACCGCUAUAAGCCGACAUGGGGUGAUGAUGCGGAUCAGUGGCGUCCCCGUCGUUGGUUGGAAGGCGAGCCAUCACAUAUCAGAAAGCUUGAAGCCAGUCUACUUAGUUUCGGGGCCGGGACACGAGGUUGUCUGGGCCAGCACGUCGCCCUUUUUGAAAUCAAGAAGUUUGUCACAGCACUCUUCAUGAACUACGAUAUUGAUCUUGUCGAGGCCCGACAGAAGUCCAAUCCGUACUUCUGGGUCGUAUACCCAGAGAGCGUACAGGCAACGGUUAGAAAACGCGAGUUCAAUAAGUAG